AUGUUUUCUUUAAAGACACCAUUCAUGCAGAAUUCACAUUCUUGAUUCUCAGCUUCAAGAGUGGGAAUCCCAUGUCAUGGAAUCAAAGAAGCAGGAUUAGAGGUAAUUAUUUCCCCCUUAUUUCAAUUACAGUUUGUCAAAAUGGGUGUGCUCUCCUGGGAAGGGUUUCUUGGAGCCAGGUGUUGGUGUGAAGGCAUGUUCUGUUGGGACAGCACAGAAGCAAAGGGAGCACACAUCGAUCUGGUGGGCUAAGCUGAGUGAACAAGAACAAAGUGAACCCAUGCUGUCUUCUGGGGCUGGUUUAAGAUAGAAGUGAGGUUGGUGCAUGUAGGCUGCCUCCAGGGCAGAUAGCAGAGUGCAUGUAGUCUCUUGUGUGUGUAGGGGUGGGACAAGGCAACUCCAGGAUACAAUACAAUAGGCACAUGUUCUCUUUCUCAGGUAUGUGUGGGAAGCUUUCAGGCUGGGUGGUGCUGGUGGUGAACUUGAAUGCCAUCUUGGUGCAGCUAUUUCCAGACAAGAGGGUGGUGGCCAUUAACACUUUGUAUUGGGAAUAUGUGGAAGGGGCUACUUCCAGGCCAAGGAGAGAGCUGCCUUGUAUGUGUGUCAAGGUGACAUUUCCAGAUCAGGUGGUGGUAGGCACAUUUGCUUGUGUGUGUGGGAGGGGGUCUAGUAGUAGGCAUCUCAUGCACUCUUAUGUCUGGGUAGUAGGGUUGUUUCCAGACUGAAAGGUGGUUGGUGAGUUCAUUCUCUCAUGUGCACUAUACAACUGCUUCCAGACUGAAUGGCAGAUGGUGCAUGUUCUCUUGUGUGUGAGAUAGGCCUGCUUCCAGGCUGGAUGAGUGUGAGAGGCUAAAGCUCUCAUAGUUCUGUUGAGGAAAGAUAUUAUACUAACUACAAUUUCCAACCAUCACAAAAUAUUCUGCUCCCAAAACCACUCUUUCCAGUCAACAGGUGUAAAAACUCCCUGUUCUGAAGCAUCACCUGCAAUGACCACCAAGAGGAUUGUCCUAAUACAGGGUGGCUGAGAAGGAGAUCACACAUCCUCACAGGAGUGGGCGCUUGUGGUGAGUAGAUGGACUUCAAGACGAGGGGCAUGGAUUCUUGGGGGCCACAAAUAGAAGUGGGUACAUGCCAGGGAGACGAUGAACGUGACCCUAGCAGCUGUGAAGGCGAUCGUGCUGAGGGCCAGAAUUAGCAGGUGCUGUGGUGAUGGGCAUGAUGCUGGAUCACCCCAGAUUAGCACGUUCCCAUGCCAGAGCAGAUCGCUACAGAGGUGCAAGGGGAAUGUGGCGUGGUUAGGCCAGCGCGUCCCUCUGGGGCUGGCGUGGAGAGCAGACCGGUUGGUUGGGAGGGCGGCCACACGCGUGACGUAAACACAAGGCGGCGCCCCAGGGGUGUUGUAGCGGCGUUCCCGGCUCCCUGGGCACAACCUGCAGCUGCCUCCUUCCCCCUCCCCGAGCAGGGCUCACAGGCUGCCACAAGCGGAGGGCUGCAGCCGCAAGAGCCGGCGAGAGGCAGGGAGGAGCCGCUGGGUCCCGCAGUUGCAGGUCCCCGCCGCAGCGGGCCCGAAGCCCGCCUCAGAGGGGCCGCGCAAGCGCUUCUCUCAUCCAACACCAUCCACGCCACUUCCGGGUUCAGCGGCGCUCACAAGAUGUCUGCCGCUCUUAGCGCGCUUGCUCAAGGGAAAGGCCGGCAGGAGUCACGGCGGCGCAAGCGCACGAGGCACCUUUCUGCCCCCACCCCUCCCCCGUUCUCCGAGUCGCGGUUUGUUUGUACCAGCGAGCGCAGUGCGUCAGGCUCAGCAGCCCCUGUCUCGGUCACGACCCUCCCCCCGGAGAACGAUCCGAGCAGGCGGCCCAGGCCCAGCCCCCUACACCUCCUCUCCCGAUCCGGCCUCCCAGGGCCGCCGGCCCCUCUUAGCCACCUGCGCUCACUCCCCAGCCCGUCCCUCGCAGGGCCCGCCGGCCAGGGGUGGGAGGGUAGCGGCGUAGAAGGGGUUGGGAACUCAGGUGGGCGCCCUAGAUCAUUUUGUCCCUCGCGGCAUGAGACAAAAGGUCUCUGGUGGUGACCUUCCGUGUCACGUGAAUGGGGUCCUGCCGCUGCCGCCCUGAGCAUUCUGCGGUGUAGGCUGCCCCGGUCGCGCCUGUCGGAAAGAAGCUGGCAGAGAUACUGUUGUUACCCUGGGCAGGCGGCUGUCCUGCCUGCCUGCGCGUUGUUAGCCGCCCGGCGAGGCGAGAGAGUCAGUAGAUCUGGUGCGGGCUGCAGUGCGGGCUCCAGUUUGUGCAGGCAAUUGUCUUAGCCGCUCUAAAGGUCCUUGGGAGGUGGGGUCCUGCCGUGACCUUUGUGAGGUGUGAGCCGGGCAGAAGCCGGUGCGGGGCCGGUGUCUGCCGAGGUUCCUCGCUUACCGCGCGCCGACCCCCCCCCUUUCGGCAGCUGCCUGUGCGGGGCACGCGCGGAUUUAUGUGCUGGGAGCGGGGAGAGGCCGGGCGGCUGGAGUGGCAGCAGGAGGCGGCAGCAACAUGGGUGUGAUAGGUGUACAGCUUGUGGUUACCAUGGUGAUGGCUAGUGUCAUUCAGAAGAUCAUACCUCACUAUUCUCUAGCUCGUUGGCUUCUCUGUAGUGGCAGUUUACGAUGGUAUCAACAUCCUACUGAGGAAGAAUUACGAAUUCUUGCAGGGAAGCAACAAAGGGGGAAAAGCAAAAAAGAUAGAAAAUAUAACGGUCAUAUUGAAAAUAAACCCCUAACCAUUCCUAAGGAUAUUGAUCUUCAUCUGGAAACGAAGUCAGUUACUGAAGUGGACACUUUAGCAUUGCAUUAUUUUCCUGAAUAUCAGUGGUUGGUGGAUUUCACAGUUUCAGCUACAGUGGUGUACUUGGUAACUGAAGCCUACUACAGUUUGAUGAAGCCCUCGCAGGAAAUGAAUAUUAGCAUAGUCUGGUGUCUGCUUGUUUUGGCUUUUGCCAUCAAGAUACUGUUCUCAUUGACCACUCACUACUUCAAAGUAGAAGAUGGAGGUGAAAGAUCUGUCUGUGUCACCUUUGGCUUUUUUUUCUUUGUCAAAGCCAUGGCAAUCCUUAUUGUAACUGAAAAUUAUCUAGAAUUUGGACUUGAAUCAGGGUUUUCAAAUUUUUCAGAAAGUGCUGUGCAGUUUCUUGAAAAGCAAGGUUUGGAAUCCCAGGGUCCCGUGUCUAAACUAACUUUCAAACUGUUCCUGGCUGUUCUUUGUUCACUUAUUGGUGCUUUUUUGACAUUCCCUGGCUUACGACUGGCUCAAAUGCAUCUGGAUGCUCUGAAUUUAGCAACAGGAAAAAUAACACAAACAUUGCUGCAUAUAAACUUCUUGGCACCUUUACUUAUGGUCUUAUUGUGGGUAAAACCAAUCACCAAGGACUAUAUUAUGAACCCACCUCUGGGCAAAGAGAGCAUACCUUUAAUGUCAGAAGCAACAUUUGAUACGGUACGACUGUGGAUAAUUAUCCUAUUGUGCGCUUUACGGUUGGCCAUGAUGCGCAAACACCUGCAAGCCUACCUUAAUUUAGCACAGAAAUGUGUGGAUCAGAUGAAAAAGGAGGCUGGCAGAAUAAGUAUGGUUGAUCUGCAGAAAAUGGUGGCCCGAGUAUUUUAUUACCUUUGUGUAAUUGCACUGCAGUAUGUGGCACCUUUGGUAAUGCUGCUUCAUACAACUCUGCUUUUGAAAACACUAGGUAAUUAUUCUUGGGGCAUCUAUCCAGAAUCUAGCUCUGACUUUCCAGUGGAGAACAGUCCACUCCCCAAUUCAGUUUAUUCUGAGUCUCCACCUGCUGAUGGGAAGAUGAAGGUAACUGUAGUACAAAUAACAAUGGCAUUGGGCAGCCUAAAGAACAUUUUCACUCCUCUUCUGUUCCGAGGACUCCUGUCUUUUCUCACCUGGUGGAUUGCUGCUUGUCUCUUCUUCACAAGCCUUUUUGGGCUUUUCUAUCACCAGUAUCUGACUGUGGCAUGAAUAAUCAGCUCACAAAGGAAAUAUCUGAAGUUUAACUUCUCAGUUCAAACCCAUGUACCCCAGAGGGGCUGAAGAAAAAAUGGAAGAAUGCAUGCGUGAAGAAAAAACACAUAUCAGAUUUUAUUCUUAAAUGCUUCCUCUGUAUUCUCAGGGUGAAUAUUGUUGCUUCAAAUCACAAGUGGGUUUAACUUUUGUUACCAAAUGGUUGGUAGGUAGGUAGGUAACUGCUGAAUUAUGCUAUUGGAACUGUGACUAACCUUUUUGUGUGGCUGGUAUUGGAGGGCUAGUUAAAAGGGUAGCGCCUAUGAGUACCUUGCUUUCCAUUAACAGUAAGCUGCCCUGAAAACUUUGUAUAUUACUUCAGUCGUUGACUGAUGACUCUUAGUGGUAUUGAGGUACAGGUAACACUAACGGUGGCUGCCUAGUUAAACAAUCUUGAAACUGAGCCAUACAAUGGGGAGAGAAUAAUUUCUGUUGGAACGAUAUUGAUCACUUUUCUAUGUGAAAAGCAAAAAAAUCCAACAGGACAGAAGAAAUACUGUAUAUUACAGUAAAGAAGGCUAUGUAAUAUUUGAAUUUAAGGUAGGAACAAAUGCAUGGACUCAGCAAAUAUUGCUGCCUAAGAAGUGCAGGAAUGCUCAUGCUCUAAGAAGAAUAUUAGAAAAAUAUAUAUUGUCUCAAUCCCUGCAGUCAUUUUAAAGUAAUGGCCAUAUAAACCCUCACAAGUACAGUAUUGGUGCUACUAUUGAUCCACAAAUUCCAUUUGGGUCUUGAAAAUUUAUUUUUCCAGAUAAUAGAUAAAUUACAUUCAAUUCACAAAAUAAAAGGAAUAGGAAGGAUUAUCAACACUGAUCAAACUGUUUAAAAAGGAUACCUAUAAUCCUGCUGAGUGUGUAUGUAUCUGUAAGUGUGUGUGUGUGUGUAUAUAUAUAUAUAAAUAUAUAUUAUAUAUUAGAUAUAUAAUAUAUAUGGAGUCUAUAAAAAUAAAUAUUGAAUCUUUAAGUUGCUGAAUGUAAGUUACAGGGCAGUGGGAUAGGGACAUAUAUGUAUCUAAUGAGUUCAAGAUCUCUUUUUGAAUGAAAAUUAAAUUUUUUUUGAAAGUUCA